AGUUUAGUCUGGCGUCGGCAUCGGCAUGGACAGCGAGUGCCAGGAAGUAAGCUUCGCGGCCCAGUGCCUGCUGGAGAUGUCCCACGGCCGCGAUGCCGCUUACUACGCGCCGCUGGAUAAGAGAUGCUGCGUCCGUGUGGACCAAGACCCCCUGUUCAUGGUGGCCCGCAUUCUCACUGACCUGAGCAGGAUCAAGCAGGAGAUGCCUGAGGAAGAGCAGCUCAUGGACGGUCCCGCCGCCGUCGAAGAGGUGGUGGUCGUUACUCUGCCACCCAAGCGGGCCCCCCGGAGGUCCUCAGCCGGGCCCUCGGCUGGCACGCCGUACAAGAAGAGCCACCGCUGCAACUACCCCGAAUGCACCAAGACGUACGGAAAAAGCUCGCACCUCAAAGCACAUCUCAGAACGCACACAGGAGAACGUCCUUUCCCUUGCUCUUGGCCGAGCUGCGGCAAGAAAUUUGCGAGGUCGGACGAAUUGGCGCGACACACGAGGACCCACACUGGUGAGAAGAACUUUGAGUGCCCAGUCUGCAGCAAGAAGUUCAUGAGGAGCGACCACUUGAGCAAACACGCUCGUAGACAUCCCAACUUUGACCCAUCGGUGCUUCGACAGCGCCGGCCUGCGGGAAAGCCAGCCGGGUCCAUCAAUUCUUCAGACGGAACUCCUUCCGACGUGCUGUCAGACUCGAUCCCUUCGCCGUGAGCACAAGAUGGCGCUGCUGCCCACCUGUAGAUCUCACCGUUCCUCAUUUACUUCUGUGAUUCGUCACGCCACCUCCCCAGACCACCAUGAAAGUAAAAAAUAUAGACACUCUGGUUUUACCGCCAAAAUCCUUUUACAACUGAUGAGACCGACAGCCAAAAUACAACCAAUUGACGCAAGGAUUAUCGCUACCUUUCUAAGAGAUCGAUCAAACCGUCUUGUGUGCCUUCGCGGCCGCCAUCUUGUUUUAUAAUUCAAACUCAGGGUCACAAACGACCGUUGCGCGACGGUGGCGCCACUCGUGGGACGGCGCGAACGAACGUGAUUUGCCAGUCAAGCAUUAAUUAGUCUCCAAACCCUGCCUCCGGAACGUCCGACACCGCAUCAAAUAUUGUCGCUGCUGGUGCGGCCGCAUGUCCGGCUUUUAAUUGUAAUAAUUCGCCAUUUUGAUUAGGGAUUAAAGUAAGCGAUACGGUUUUAUGUUACAAGCACUCCACCAAUGAGAAUGCAGAUCCGUUCUCAGCUUCCCGUAAUUAACAAUGUCAACGGUGGGUUUCCUGCUUUUUAUCCAUCGAGGCUGAAAAAUCGAGCAUUGCCGUUUCAGCACCGCAUUUUUUGAUUCUGAAAACUCGCUUUAAAUUUCUUUUUCCAUUGUUAGUAUUCGACAUUUCCAAGUAUAUGAUUUGUAGCGCAGGAAAUCCACUCAUUUUGGGAUCCCUUAAGGAUGGUUUCUUUUUAAAACGCUACUACGAAGGUGUCCUGAAGAGGCCGACCAUUGUUAAACUUAUACACUACAAACGAUGAUUUUUAAUAUUAAUGAAACUCUGUAACGAUUAGUCAAAAGUGUAAGGUCUUAUGUAGAAAGUGGCGCCACUUCGCGACCGGAAAUGCUCAAAUCAACCAGCGACACAACAGCAUCAGUGGUUACCAGUACAAACAGUCUCUCUUUGAACACACUCUGUCUACAGCACCCUCUCUCGGUCUUACUACGUGUCACAACAUAUCUUGUUUGCGCGCAUCAAACGCGUUUUAUGUAUCUGUACAUAAUAUUGAUUAUGCGUUUUCCUCGCUAGAACUUGUCGGUUUUUACUCUCAUUGAGCCUCGUCUUAUAGUAGAAUGUGACAGAUGAAUCAUUAAAAAAAAAUAAUUCAUACAAUGAUUUAUUACUUUUAAUUUUCUAAUACCUUGAUUUGUAUAAAGACACGACUACUGUUCAUUGAAAGCAACCUUAGUUGAUAUGCUCACUUGCAUGUCUCUCAGCUAUGUUCUACGUACUUAUUUAAGCUGCCUGUAAAUACUGAUUGAACAGUGUAAGUAGAUUUAGUCGAACAAGUAUUUUUGAAUAACAUAUGAUGUGUAACAAAUACAUAAACAAUAAUGAUAUUUUAAGAAUAAUAAAGGGUUUCACCAGGAAGAACGUAAACUUAAA